UUAAGGCCCAGCUUGACAAAGCCCUCGCUGGGAUGAUUUAGUUGGGGUUGGUCCUGCCAUGAGCAGGGGGUUGGACUGGAUGACCUCCUGAGGUCCCUUCCAACCCUCAUCUUCUAUGAGUCUGUCAGUCCUUUGUCCAUCCCCUCAGUAGGCACCAACUUCCCCUCUGGCCAGUGGUGCUCAACUCUGCUCUGCCCCAUGCCCCUCCCCCACUCCAACUCUUCCCCAAAGCACCGCCCCACCUUUUCCCUGGUCUGCCCUGCUGCACCCCCAAAUCAACCCCUUUCUCUAAACCCCUGCCCCCUCUCUUCCUAACCCUGUUCCACCCUCGCCCCACUUCUAUCCCACCCCUUCCCACAACCCCCACCCCGCCUCUUCCCCAUCUCCUCCUCCAAGUAUACCAUCUCCCCCUCCACCCCGACCCUGCUGGAGCAUCCUGAAUUCCAUGAAAGAGCUGUUUUGUGGUGGGCAGGAAGUGCUGGGAGGGAGCAGGAGGAGUUGCUCACUAGGGCCACUGGCGGGCGAGACGCACUGCAGGCAGGGCAGAGCUUGGCUGCCAGUGGGUGCUAAGCACCCACUAAUUUUUUCCUUGUGGGUGCUCCAUGCCCAGAGCACCCGUGCAAUUGGCAUCAAUAGUCCCCCUUCCCAAAAUCAAAAUUCCUAGAGAUAUCUGGUGAGUGUUGUUAAUGUUAUGAACUCUUCUGUGUCCGUGUCUCUCUGGGUGCGUGUCCAGGGGUGUUUAUGGUUAAGCUUAUUGUGAUGUCACGUAUCCCAACUGCAAAGAAUGUUCUGCUUCAGCAUUCUUGCCCUGCCUUCAGUCUGCCAACUGGCUUGGUUGACAACGGCUGGUGACCCAAGGAGCUGCUGAUAGACGCGGACUAGCCAUCUCUCAACAACUUCUUGAAUCAGCUAUUUCCACAGGUGUUCGAAAGAAGAUGAGUUUUUACAGAAGGCUUCGUUCCUUUUUCCAAAGACUCGCCUCUAGGGAGCACAGAGAGAUCCGUGUGCACAAAGUGCUUGUCCAACCUGCAGCAAUGAAGACAUGCUCUGACUUUAGCCAGCAAGAACAGGCCUUGCCAGAGAAGAUCCCGAGAAGGAAAUGUUCAUGGUCCAUCUUAUCAGGCAUGAAAAGACUCUGUGUCUGUAGCCAAUCUGACACCUUGAUGGGAGACAGGGGUGAGGAGAGAACAAUUUCCUCACAAAGAAGGUGGCCGCACUUGUCCCGGAACCAGGUGGAGUCAGAGGACGUGAAGGUGCAGGAGGAUACAGGAAAAGUCGAAAUGGACCUUACAGGGACGAAGAAGGAGGCGUCGGAGUCGCAGGGGAAGUGGGCAAAAGGGAGCCCAGAAGAGCAGGAAGAAGAGCGCACUCCCACCCCCUCAUUACCAAGCAGCGCCCAUAUGACCAUGACCCCCGGGGAGCAGCUUCCCUCAGCCCAGCUCCAAGCCCUGCUGAUGAGAGCCGUGAAGGGUCUGACGACACCCACCCUGGAGCGAUUUCAAGCCGCCGAGGAAGAGCUGAGGACCAUCGUGUCUCUACACGGAGACAAGAUGGAGAGAGUUGGAGACAUCGUGGGACGUAUCUUAAUCUGGCUGGAUAACGUCUGUCAUCCCAGAGCCAGAAAAGCAGCACUGAGGGCCACGGCCUUGCUGGCUCGUUCCCACCCCCAGGACGUGGUUCUGAGCUGUGUGGCACACACGCUGUCCUCGGACAGAUGUGCCAUUGAGCUGUGGAAGGCCUUGGGGGAAGAACCACAGCUCCCCAGGGAGGUGCUGCAGCAGCUGCUGGACAAGCUCGAGCAGAGACGCCGGGAGGAGAAGAGCGGCAAUGUGUCCCUGGCUGCAAUGAGGACCAUUUACGAGGUCCUUUUCCUAUGGGGAUACCGAGAAGCCAUCCUGGAAAUGUAUCCCCAGAUGCUCAUCCUCUGCGUCAGGCAAGUGCAGUAUGUGAUGGAUCUGCACUUGCCAGGGACCUACAUGGCCAGCAUGACAUCCAGCCCCGAGGAGGGAUCCAGCUGCCUAAGCACGUCGGUGGAGGCUGUGAAGACUCUUUUUUCCAUGCCCGGAUACUGGAAGGAAUUUGCCAGCAUCCAGUUACAGCAGAGUUGA